CGUAUCACUUUUGCGGAUUAUAAUGAAUUGAAAUUAAUGGACUUGGAGGAGGACGCUUACUUCUGCAGGACCAUCUUCAAACGCUAUCACUAUAAUAGAUAUGUGACUGCCAGCGCAUGACUUUGUCUUUGUCCUAGACCGUUCAUCAGUCAUUGAUGCUAAACGAGCGAAUGCUAGGCUAUACCCGUGGCAAGUGCUAAAGCUAGAGUUUUCUUUUCUUGGAAAAGUCUGCGUAACGAUGUUUCGCUGAUUUUCAAUCCAGUUGAGACAUACACAUGGGCCUACUUUUUUGUAUGGCGAACGGAAAGGGGAUCUGCCUGCGUAUUUUCCAUGAAGCAACCUGCGAUGCGCGAGGCUAUUUGAUUUGCUUCGUUCGUGGCAGCCUCUUCGCUCAUCGUAGCGGUAUCACUUCAAACCUAGGGUACUCCUACUCACUACAGACUACCGCAAGAAGAUAAUUCAUAACUUGAAUUUUUAUAGAAGCCAGUCGUGGACCUAGAGGUAGGUGGAACAAUCCAAGAUGGCAGCAGAUGACGGAGUGGUGCUGGAUGAAGGAGCAGUAGUGCUUGAGGAUGCUCCACCGUCGAACCUCGACAAGUUGGAGAACAGCCCGCCGUCGAACCUCGACAAGUUCUUAAAGCGUUUUCGAGCUUUGAAUCCGCAUUUUGUGCGAGAUGACGCUGAAAAGCUGGUGUUAAGGCUUGUACCGGUGAAGGUCUUACCCUUACAGUAGUAGGUGUCAAUGGAGUUCCGCUGCACCCAUUGAGGUCUAACUACUCGUUGCAAAGUCGUCGACGUUAGCGCAUUAUACCUAUUCGAAAUAAACUAGAAACGAGAGUCAAGGAGCAGCACUUGAUGUGACUCGACUCAGACAUUAGAAGAAUAAGCGAGAUACUGAAAGAAAAAGAGCCUACUGCCUAUCUUCUUUCAGGUAGCUACUCCCUUAUUUUCACUCUUCGAGUAUUCCCUUUAGAAAGCCAACUGCUUUAAUCCUGUUUUUCAUGUCUUUGCUUUUUUGGCGAUAGUGACAUCAGUCAUUGGAAGGAACUUCCGCGUGUGCGAAUCACUGGCGACGAAGGGGCCUCAUGGGCACGUUGUGUGAACGUCGGGGUCGGAGGUGCGGAGAUGUUACACGUGGCUUUCUACAGUGCGGAAUGUCGUGCGAAGUACAGACCUGAUGUGGUGGUGCUUUGUGCGGGUGAGAACGACCUGGGAGCGGGUGCAGCACCUCCUACAGUAUUUUCUUAUCUGGAAAAGAGCAUAGCAGCGUUUGGCCACCUGGAUGACGCGACAGAGCAGGCCCAGCUGCGCCUGCGGCAUGAUCCCCAGAGGACAAGAGACAAUGCGAACGUCGUCUCAUCUCUUCCGAUCGACGAUACGAAAUCACAACAACAAGACGGAAUGAAUGCCUCAGAAUUUUCAAGGUUGCGGAAUAACAAUACAGAUGAAAAAGUACCGAUUGUUUACUUGUGUACUAAGCCCGAGCCAGUAGCAGACGCCGAGUUGCGCCGCGAGUACGAACGGUACGAUGGACGGAUUAAAGAACUCUUCCAGCGCUACAACUCGAGCUGUCAGGAGGAACUGCUUUAUUUCAUAGACAAUUCCGAUCUGCGUGAUCCGUCGCUUUACGCACAGGACGGGUUACAUCUCUCACGUCAGGGCUAUCAAGUUUGGGAUGCUCGUGUGCGAGACGCAGUGGAGCGGGUCUUGUUAAAGAUGGACGAGAGGGUCCUUGCACCCUAGAGCAAACUUUUUAAUUACUGAAAGACUACCUGUUGGACCAUUCGAACACAGACUGUUAAGUCGCGUCUAGUUUCUCGGUAAGAAACGCUUGAGAGUGAUACGGUUUUCACAAUUUGCACUCACAGCCUGAGACUAAUGAUAUGAUCUCUGGCUGCUUUGAUCCCUGUGGAUGUUCAUUGGGGUUGCAAGGAAGAAGUCUCAGCUUCAUCAUUGGGAUAUCAUGUGGCAUGGGGAAACUUUCAUAUGCUUCAGACGGAAACGCUUAUGCUAUCAUCAUUGAUUCAUACGAUCAUCAUGCACUGGCAUUCAUCAUUGAUCAGAACUUGACGAGACGUUAUGGACCUGAUUACAGCUAUGAAACAUUCGCCAUUUCUGCUAUCUGAAUACGUUGAAGGUCCUUCGCCUGGCGAUCCUGGUCAUUUUGAUGAUCUUCAUCCUUCUGAUCUUUGUGAUUCUUCUAGGAUUACGAUCUUGACCAACACCCCUCCUCAAUCGUUGCGUGUCGAAGUCCCUAGUCUUCUGGACUACUACGGAAAUCAUAUCUCCUAACUAGUCUUCCAUGGCUACGGUAUACUUGGCUAGAAACCAAAAUAAACCGAAUAUACUACGCUAUAGUAAGCUAAAUCGUCCCCAUUCGUUUCAUCGUCUGAGGAAUCACAAUCAUCACACGUAACUUUAUGUAUCGGAUUAUCUAUAUGGUGAAGUAGUAGUCUUCGUUGAGACGAACUACAUUCUAGCUUAGUUAAGCCAUCAGCCUUCAUUAAGUUAGUUGGACAGAAAACUAUCUUACUGGCCGCAUCACGCACACGCAAGUAGCGAAGUGCAUAAUGGCGACUCUUCGGGCGUGUGUCAGUUGCUUUGGCUGUUGUGAUCGCGGAUUGGUUGUCGAUCCAGAGCACAGCAUUGUCUAAAGAGGGAGACAAGCCGUUCUGUGUGUGUACCAACUGAGUUGGUAGAGGCCUAUAGAAGUCUGUAAAGUCAUGCAGUUCACUAAGCACAAUAGUGUCAGAAGCUGCAAUAUAUUCACUUUCAGCCGUAGAAUAGGCACGGACAGUUUGUCGGUUACUUCUCCAAGCAAUUGGAACGCCUUUGAAAUACAUGAUCGAUCCACUUGUACUUCUCAUAGUCUUUACGCAGUUGGCGAAACCUGCAUCACUAAAGAUAUUCACCUCUGGCAUAUCUCUGCCUUCAGGUAGUAACUUUGAAUAGAUUCUAUUGAAUUCUUCUUCUUGCUCUGGUGAGUAUUCCAGUCCUUGGUCUCUCGUUGUCACCAGAUACUUUAGCACUUUUCUGGCUGCUUUAACCAUUCUUGUUGACGCGGGUUUGCUGACAUGUCUAGCCAAUGCUGCCACCGGUACAGAAAUGUCCGGGCGCGCGGUUACAGCUACCCAUAGCAAGGCACCAACUACCUCACGAAAGGGAUACCCUUCGACUAUCUUGAUCCCCUCCUCAAGAAAAGCCGACUCGUCAAAAUUGGGCGAGUAAACCGGUUUUCCGACAUCAAUUUCGAAUUUCUUUGCGAUUUUAUCAAUGUACUCCUCCAUAUUGAGCCGAAAUGUUCGAGCUUCACGGCAGUAGUACACGAUGGCACCUAAGAAGUCGAACCUGAGCCACGUUUGACCCCAAGGGGUUGGAACGGACUCCACAUCAAUCGCACGGCCAGGGGCACGCGAGAAGAUGAGUUCUAGUUCGGUCUUGAGCUCAUCAAGAUCAGGACCCGUUGCAAGAUUGUCAUCAACAUAGACUGACAUCUUGAGGAACUUCCCAGGUACCUUCGCACUCGGCUUUCUCCAUAAGCCUGGCGCAGAAUCACACGGCUCCCAGCCAAUACUGGCUAGUAUGUCGUGAUAUUUCUUGAACCAUGCUCGUGGUGCGUCCUUCAAGCCGUAUAAGGCCUUCUUGAGCUUCACGAUCUCGCGUCCAUGCUUCUCUGCCCAGAUGGGUGGGAGACGGCAGAAGACAUCGCGAUCGAGUUCAGCAUUGAGGAACGCAGAAUCUAAAUCGAACGGGAUCACAUAGUCCUGUUCUGACGCAGCAGAUGUCAGGAGCAGCCUAUUAGCGGCGUGUGAAACUACGGGAGCAAAGGUGUUUAGCUCUCCUGAACGAUCUAGAUUACCGAGGACACAAGCGCGAGCCUUGUAUCUUCCACAUCUUUUAAUAGUUAGAAUUAUGGCAAUUGGUAGAGCCUGUCGCGCGGUCGCAAGCUCCUCGUCAGAAGCUUCUUUCCACGUUUCAAAGGCUAGUAGUCUCGCAUGCUCUUUGUCAAUAACCUCCCGCCAUUUGUCGGCAUCAGGAGACUUGAGUGCUUGAGCAACGGACAAAAUCACAUAUGAUUCGACGAAUUCCUCAUCUUCGUCUAAUUCACACGUGCCACCUACUGCACUAGCGAACAGCGCCACAUUCUUUCUCAGUUCUUCUAACUGUUUCUUUGUUCUUCGAACCCUGCUGCCUGCUUUGUCCUUCGCUCCUUUUGGUCGGCCACGCUUCUUGACGUGUGUACGGCGUUCGCCUGCCACAACACGUGCUGGAGAAGGCGCUUUCGACUUAGACGGACUUAGCGGAGCAGAUGUCUCGCGAUCCUUCGCUUCAGCAUUCCCCUCCUCAAGUGAAACACCUUUUGGAGAGUCAGCUGCGUUGGAUUCCUCUACUUUAUCCAGUGUCUCAAUAAAUAAUUCGUCGGAAAUCGCGGUCGGUCCACCUGGAAUGUGCUCCGUGCCAGAGAACCCCGAUUGAUGGCCCAGCCUUUGCACUGACUGCCCAAGCAAGGGGGAGCCCAGCGACGACGCGCCACUCUGCAGAUUUUCCAGCUCAUCAUACUCAAUGUAGAUGCCCUUCUGAUCUGGCAAAAGCCAAUCGAUAUUUUUAAUUAGAUAGUCCUCUCUGAACUUUACAUCUAGGGUAGAGUAUUCCGCCCAUCGAUGUCCAAGCUUGCAACGAUCGUCAUGAGCGAAAGUUCCAACCAACCAACCAGACGACUUCGGACAGAGUCCAAGGAAGACGCCACGGCGGUAUUUGGCCGAGAGCUUGGGUUCAGGAGUGCUGGCUUGAAUUUGUUCACGAAAGUAAACUAGACAACCAAAUCGGCGGAGCAUGCCGAUUGAGCUCUUCGAUGAGUUUCUACCAGUCCUUUCUUCUAAGAUUUCAAUUGGACUCUUUCCAUCGAUCACGUUGAGGCAUUUUUGCAUAGUUAUGCGGUAAACGAUCCCAGCAGUCACCAGCGUACUCGACGCAGUAACGCCAGAGGUGUUUAUCAACUUUAGUCAGCAUUGUGCGCACACUGCCGAACAAAGUCCGCAUAAAACGUUCGCAGGUCCCAUUCAUCUCCGGAUUGUAAGGAACAGCCGGACUGUCUGAGACUCGCAGCGAUUGCAUAACUUUGGCCAUGUCGUCACUGCUCAGGACAGGUUCUCCAUCCCUCCGGAGGAACCGCACUACCUUGUCAUCAAGUGAUAAGGAGUAGUCCUGGCGAAUGCCUUUGAUAACUUCUUCUAUUUCCUCCACGCAGUCACUUUUCAGCUUAAGCGGUCGACAGAACACCUUCUUAAUUACAUCACAGAUGAUCACUAAUACACAUCUCUUUGACCUGACUGAUACAGGUUUGACUCCAGCAGCAAAGUCGAUUGCUAGUAACUUCAAUGGUUCAGGUUUAUAGUUUGAAGCAUCUCUAGCUUUUGCAUGUGAUGCGCGUUGGCCUUUAUGUAGAUCACACUCAGGGCAGUUUACCUGGAGGCCAUCUAUAUGAAAGUGCCCACAUCUUCUAUGAAGUUCGAGUCUUGUAAGAUAACAGCUACUGACGCCUUCUUCUACUGUUGGACAGAUAUAACCACUAUCAGUCUCUUCUUUAAACAAGUUGCAUGUAAGUAUGGGAAGCUGCAAGCGUGGAUGACUUCUUAUGGGUAUGGCCUGGCCGGUGUCCGUAUGUACGAGACAACCGCCUGCGCCUUUGAAGUUGAAUUCCCACCCUAAUUGCGAGCAGUUCCCUUCACCUAACCAAGGUAUAAUACGAUCUAAGUCCUUUGGUAGUGAAUCAUAAUAAACACCAUACUGGAGCCCUAAGAUGUUUGACUUUAGUUUUCCUACUCUUCCGUCUUUACUUCCAGCGCUACCAGUAAUCCUACAAAUUCUCAUAGUUAUUUCACUAAAAUCAUCUUUGCGUCGUGAAAGAUAUUUGUUUGCACAGCUAUCAACCAGACUAACUUCUUCUCUUGCAGUAAUGGAACUAGUUGAAAGACUAUGUCCCACAAGUUUUACCUCCCCAAUGUUAUUUAUGUGUUUUUCUUCACCCUCAUCUUCAUCCAAGUUCAGCGAGCAAAAUCCGCUUUCCACCGGUUCCGCAACUCAGCUCUGCUUUCCGCCGUUGAGAGCUUGCCACAGCUCCGCAACUUGGGACAUGUGAACCAUGCCAUUACCCUUUCCACCUUUACCCGUAGCACUACUAGAUUGGGAAUUGGUGUUCCAGUUCCAGUUUGCCUGGUUCUGUGGAUUCUUCCAACAAGACGCGGACUUGUGACCCGGUUUGUUGCAGAUCCAACAGACUGGACGGGUAUCUUGUUUUCCAGAACCUUUGUUAUUUUUGUUCUGCGGCUUUCCUUUGCCGUUCGAAUUGGAGGCAUAGACCUCGGCGGCGAUCUUCUUCUUUGUGUUUGCCUUGAAGCGCUUGAGAGCACUUUUAGACAGAAAGAUCUUACCACCUUCAUUGGCCUUUUCCUCAUCAUCCUCUUCUUCACGAGAACGUUUAUUCGAGGUCUCCUGGACAUUGACCGGAAACGCCUUCCCGAAGGAAUCGUUCUCGACUUUGUAGGUUCCCUCCUCGAUCAACGUCGCAGGACGCUUUUCAAGUCGGUCACCAAUCUGGUCAAAUGUCAGACCAUCUUCUUCCUGCAUGCGUUCGAUCGUUGCCUUGAAGUUCUUGCAGAACAGCUCGGGCAACUUCUGUAGCAGUGCGCCAUUUUGUUGGUCACUCUCUGGCACUCCUGCUUCCGGCGGGUACACGGUGGGCGACUGGUUCAUGAUGUCUCGGACUUUCGACAAGAAUCCAGUGACAUCUGCAGGUUGAUCCGCGUUGUGGAACUUCAACACACCAUCCGUAAGCGGUUUUACUUUCAUCCGUUGUUCCUGACGGUUGUUAUGAUCGAAGUGUCCUACAUCACGAAGGAGCACAACAACCUCACCUGCAUCCAUCGCAUCCACCUGCCCAUUAUCGUUCUGGUUGUUGAUGAACGACGCAGCGGCACCUUUCAGACUACGAAUAAUCGCAUCUUUCAGGUUGCGCCACUUCUGCCGAAUUGUUUCCUCCCGAUUGGUAACUCCGUUAGGAAUACCAUGAGGAGCUGCCGGAAUGCCGACUACAUUCGUGUAGUUUUGAAGCAGGCCGAGACGGCUAGCUUCCUGACGUAUGGCAAGUUGCCAUGCUCGCCAGUCGGACUUCUGUCCGAGUUUCUUCGAAAUUUCUUUCGCAUCGCAGGACAUUUUGAAAAGUUGUUUCUAGAUGGAUUUCUACUCUAUAUUUAGCUCAAGGGUCAAAGUAGUGCUGGACCAUUCGAACCCAGACUGUUAAGUCGCGUCUAGUUUCUCGGUAAGAAACACUUGAGAGUGAUACGGUUUUCACAAUUUGCACUCACAGCCUGAGACUAAUGAUCUCUGGCUGCUUUGAUCCCUGUGGAUGUUCAUUGGGGUUGCAAGGAAGAAGUCUCAGCUUCAUCAUUGGGAUAUCAUGUGGCAUGGGGAAACUUUCAUAUGCUUCAUACGGAAACGCUUAUGCUAUCAUCAUUGAUUCAUACGAUCAUCAUGCACUGGCAUUCAUCAUUGAUCAGAACUUGACAAGACGUUAUGGACCUGAUUACAGCUAUGAAACAUUCGCCAUUUCUGCUAUCUGAAUACGUUGAAGGUCCUUUGCCUGGCGAUCCUGGUCAUUUUGAUGAUCUUCAUCCUUCUGAUCUUUGUGAUUCUUCUAGGAUUACGAUCUUGACCAACACUAUCAGUAUCGUGGCAUACCACUGGC